AUUAAUACAUAAUUGGGAAUUGUAUUGAUAAACAAGUAUAGCGCAGGUGGUGUGGCGUGAUCUCAGGUAGUCCUACCUGGAGGGGUAGGGUUGGAAAGGUUAUUUAAGUGGUGGCAUGCCGUUGUUUUGAUUCAUUCUUAUGCUAAGCGUAGACUGUGUAAGAGCUAUCUGUACUCGUAAAUAAAACUGAGUUAUUAAGUGAAAAGUCUGUUUCCUCUUUACUAUUUCUAACAUAAUGGAUGGUGAUGAGAAAGGGUUAUCACCCGAUAACCAUGCAGACCAGGCGAAUAGUGGAACUUCGCCGACAGCAGCGGUGGGAUCCCAAUCCCCUAUACUAGGCGGGCGCCGCCGAUCGGUUAUUCAACCUGAGCCUACUUUUACCAUGGAUCAAGUGAUGAGCCUGGUAACCACAGUCACCAAGCAAGCCGCAGCAAGCGCUGUUAAUGCGGCGCUAUCUGCCACCGCCGCUUAUCCACAACAGCCGGCGCUACCCCGUGAAAGAGGAAAUUUCUAUCUACCUCCGUUCGACCCGGAUGUACGAUCUCAUGAUAUUCGAGAUUGGUGCGCUAAUGUCGAUGAAACCAUUUCCGUUUUCGCUAUAUCACCUCAAGAAGCACGGAUGAAAGCGAUACUUCAGUUAAAAGGAAGAGCAAAAGUGUGGGCCGACACGUGGUCUCUACAUUCAACUACUUGGGACCAGGUGAAGGAAGAUCUAAUCAAGACUUUCUCAAAGGAGUUCCGGUAUGCUGAUGAUGUACAGAAGUGGCGCAACUACACGUCGGACCAAGCAACGAGCUACGCCGAAUACGCCACUACAGCUUGGACAUUAUUCAAGCGCGUGCGGCCGGAAGCGAAUGAUGCCGAUGCUGUGGAUGCUGUUAUCACAGUGGUGGAGCUUGAUAAACCGUGGUAUUCUGCUAUGCAAGACCUACAGUUAGCAAUUAAUUGUACGAUCUCUAAAAGUACCGGUAAGAGUCCAUUAGAACUGUUGCUAGGUAAAAAAUGUUCGCCACCCGCUAUCAAGCUUCUCCAAGUUGACGAUGACGAGCCUAUAGAGGACCUUAUUUCUAUUAGAAAUGUUUGUAAGCAAAGGGUGGACGAGCGAUCUUUUCAAGACAAAGUGAGGUUUGAUAUAGGUAAAGCGCGGGUCAAACCUUACAAAGUGGGAGAUUAUGUUUUGAUGCGUCGUCAUGAAAGACAUACUACCAAAUUGGGUGCAAAAUUUGAGGGCCCUAUGGAAAUAUUAGAAAUAUUACCAAACGACCGUUAUAAAUUAAAACAUGUUAAUUUACGUGGAAGUACUGAAAAGAUCGCUAGCCAUGAUUUCUUGAGACCUGCUCCUAUGGGACAGACAGAUCCAUUUGGUAAUGAUGAUGACGAGUCUGCCGUGUGGGCGGUGGAUGAGACGAGUGUUCAAAAUGAAGACUGCUCUCAGUCCGAGACUCGAUAA